UCAUUUCACUAUAUUUCUAUCAUACUUCAUUAUCAAAUCAAAUGUAAACUACGCCAAUCUAAAGUAAAUCAAAAUAAUUAACAAAACAAAAAUUGAAACAUUUUUCAUUUUGGUAAAGGAAAGAAGCUUGAAAGUUGUGCGUAAAAAGGAGAAACUCUUCUUGUUCUCCAACCACAACACACGUUCACAUUUCAGAGUACACAAUCCUGAAAAACCCUAAAUCAGGGUUCUUCUUCCUCCACAUCCACAUUGCUUUCAUUGCUACACUCGAAACUGCACCACACUGCAUCUUCCCCCAACGGCAACGGGGUUUUUAGAAUUGGAAUCGAUGAAAGAUUGGUUUUUGUGACGCAAAAUCGAAAUGGGUGUGGGCAAGGCGUGGUGGGUGUGGACCAACCUGGCUCUGUUGCACCCUAACGGUAAACAUGUUUGUUGGAGAUCCAUGGCAACGCCCAAGUCCAUUUCUUGGUCGAUGGUUUGCGGGUUAAUGCUAUUCGGUUUGGGUCUAAUUUCCCUCUUAACGGGUCACGUAGCUUCUCAUCUUGAAUGGUACUCUCAACGACUCGUUCACCGCACUUUCUACUCACUGGAUGGAAAUGAUCGUGCACCAAUUGAUAUUUGGAAAUCACAAUAUGCUAAAUACUAUUAUGGAUGCAAAGAAAGGGGACGUCAUUUUGCUCCUGCUGUACGUGAGCGCAUGUCAAAUGGCUACUUGCUUAUUGCAACUAGUGGAGGACUAAACCAACAAAGAACUGGGAUAACUGAUGCUGUUGUUGUUGCACGGAUCCUCAAUGCUACACUAGUUGUACCUGAGUUGGAUCAUCAUUCUUUUUGGAAGGAUGACAGUGACUUUUCCAAUAUUUUUGAUGUUAAAUGGUUCAUUACUUAUCUCGCAAAAGAUAUUACUAUUGUCAAAAGAGUUCCUGAUAAGAUCAUGCGAUCAAUGGAUAAACCCCCUUAUACAAUGCGUGUCCCAAGGAAAUCAGAGCCUGAAUAUUAUCUUGAUCAAGUUUUGCCAAUUCUCUUGAGAAGACGGGUUUUGCAAUUGACAAAAUUUGAUUAUAGACUUGCAAAUAAUCUUGAUGAUGAGCUACAAAAAUUACGAUGUCGUGUUAAUUAUCAUGCUUUGCGAUUUACAAAACCUAUACGAGAACUUGGUCAAAGACUUGUAAUGAGAAUGCGAAAGAUGGCAAGCCGUUUUAUAGCAGUCCAUUUGAGGUUUGAGCCAGAUAUGCUGGCAUUUUCAGGUUGUUAUUUUGGUGGGGGUGAAAAAGAAAGACGUGAGCUUGGUGAAAUCAGAAAAAGGUGGACAACAUUGCCUGAUUUGAGCCCUGAUGGAGAGCGAAAGCGUGGGAAAUGUCCUCUUACUCCGCAUGAAGUGGGUUUGAUGCUGCGAGCACUUGGUUUUACAAAUGACACAUACCUCUAUGUUGCAUCAGGAGAAAUAUAUGGUGGGGAUGAGACCAUGCAGCCUCUCAAAGAUCUUUUCCCCAACAUUUAUACCAAGGACAUGCUUGCUCAAGAAGAGCUGAAACCUUAUCUUCCAUUCUCUUCCCGCCUUGCUGCAAUCGACUACAUUGUUUGUGAUGAAAGUAACGUAUUUGUGACUAACAACAACGGUAACAUGGCCAAGAUUCUUGCUGGUCGUAGGAGGUAUUUUGGUCAUAAAAGAACCAUCAGGCCAAAUGCAAAGAAGCUUAGCGCACUGUUCAUGUCCAGGCAUCAGAUGGACUGGGAUACGUUUGCCAGUAAGGUCAAGGCGUGCCAAAGAGGAUUCAUGGGAGAACCAGAUGAGAUGAGACCAGGACGAGGAGAGUUUCAUGAAUUUCCCAGCACUUGCGUAUGUGAGAAACCGUUUGUGGAUGAACUGAGCCAAAAUGGAUUUCGCCCCCCUAAACUGGCAGACUCCGCAAUGAAUGGAGGAAAUGCAUAUAGUGUUGUAAUACAAAAAGGAAGUGGGAGAAGGGCCAGUACGUGAUAAGGAUGAGUAACUUAAGACCGACGUCAUUAGUGGAAGAAAGAAAUAAAAGUGGUUAAUGAUAACAAAUGCUCUACAGCAAUGCCUCCCAUUCUCACUUAUGAUUUGGAAAUCAAGUUGGUGCAAAUUUAAUUAGUCACGGCCAUGAUGAAAAUCCACCUCAUUCAUCGUGAAUGGCUCAACUCAGAUCCAUGUAUAGGGUAUGAAAAGAAAGAGACGUCAAUGCGGUUCAAUUGUUGAUAAUAGAUAUGCUUGGUGUAGAUUCGGUUGAACUCUUAA